UGGCCGAAAAGAAAGACGACGAAAGGUGCCCUGCGAAGUGCCUGUAGGUUAUGUCGAGAUAAACAAAUUUAGGUCCUCUUUCUUGACUUUAGCGAGCUAACUAGCUGAAUGCUAUCGUUCAGGUAUUCACAUAUGCGGUAACAGAUAAGGAAAUCUCUCAAUCAGUUGAUUUAUGUCAGGAGAGCUAACUUGAUCGAAUUAUUAGCACGAAAGUAUCGUCAUUACUAAGCAGCUUUAGCUAGUUUUGAUAGUAAAAAAAAAAUAGGCGACCCAGCUCAUUGUUUUUAGCUAGCUAACGUUAGCGUUGACAAACACCAACAAGCGAACGCCAUCUAGCCAGUAUCAAUUGAAUUAUAAGGACUGUGUUAAUGAGUAGACAUGUCUGGUAUCGCUCUUAGCAGACUGUCACAGGAGCGCAAAGCAUGGAGGAAAGACCACCCAUUUGGUUUUGUCGCUGUGCCUACCAAAAAUCCUGAUGGCACUAUGAACCUCAUGAACUGGGAAUGUGCCAUUCCAGGGAAGAAGGGGACGCUGUGGGAGGGAGGCCAAUACAAACUCCGAAUGCUGUUCAAAGAUGACUAUCCUUCCUCGCCGCCAAAAUGCAAGUUUGAGCCACCCAUUUUCCACCCCAAUGUCUACCCAUCUGGCACGGUGUGUCUUUCCAUCCUGGAGGAGGAGAAGGACUGGAGGCCAGCCAUCACCAUCAAACAGGCACACACACACACACACAUAUACACACACAUAAAGAAUGGGAGAGGCAUCAGUGCUUUCACCGGUUUGGAGGAAUGCACGACAUUGGCUCAACGGGUAUCAAAUUACUGUAUUUUUUUUAUGUGGAUCAAAGCAUGGUACUCUCUGGUCGAGGUAUUGUCUUCUGAUCUGCAUUGUUUUGUAUUUCAAUCCAUUCUAAAAGCUGACUAUCUGUUUUGUGUUCACAGAUCCUGUUGGGUAUCCAAGAGCUUCUCAAUGAACCCAACAUUCAAGACCCAGCACAAGCAGAAGCCUACACAAUUUACUGUCAGAACAGAAUGGACUAUGAGAAGAGGGUGAGGGCGCAGGCCAAGAAGUUUGCCCCCACAUAAAGCUCCGCUGAACAUCUGCCUGAGAAGCCUGAUACAACACCUGGGUACUGAACAGCAAGCAGCACUUAGAGGACCAAUCCAAUGAUCAAUCUACUAUUUGAUAUGUUCUUCUUUACAUGAGAAAAGUGUCAUGUAGCCUACAUGAGAGCUAUUUUAAAACCAAACAAAAUAAUAAUAUUUGUCCACAAUUUUUGUCGUUGCCUAUUUCACUUCUAAAACAUGCCUAAAACACUUUCUUAUAAUUGAAUAAGAUUCCAUUUGGAUUUGUGAUCUAUAAAUCAGGAAGCUACUUUGCCUUAUGUUUAGUCUUAUCAAAUAGUCAUAAGGUCUAAUAACAAAUAAUUUCAAAUUGCAGUGUCUGAUACGUCAUUUUGUAACUGAAUCUGUACUUAAAUAAAUGCCCCCCGUAUGUUAAGUGAGCCUUAUUUUUCUGAGUGUCUGGUCACGUUGAAUUUAAUUGUAGAUUUUUAUUGGGAUGCCCCUUUAAUAAGAUGGAUGUCAGAGCUGAGAGUGUGCUGCAUAGAGAGCUGAAGAGGUUUACCUCCAAAGACUUGAGUGUAUGUACAUAAUAUAAAUAUGUAGGUCCAUAUGGAUCUUGUGUUCUUUUCUAUUGUUUUAGCAAGUUGAUAUUUGUGUGUGGUAUUAAAAGUAAUAAACACAUUAUAAUGUAAGAAUUGUGAAAUAAAGUUAAAUGAAUGGAAAAUACUAAA